GUAUUGUUCCAUUUAUGUGUGUAGCAGAUUGUCGUCUGUUGCCGCAUGGAGAGCUUAUAAAGAGCUUUAUGGCUUCAUGUGACCAGGCCUCGAAGCCUGAUGCUUGGUUUGAGGCCUUCAGGUUCCCCACCUCUGAACCCAAUAGAACCCCGUGGGAUGUGCUGGGCCACCGCUCACACUGGGCCUGUUUGGAUCCAGCUGUGCUGCCACCGGGUCCAGCUGCUGCAGAGGAGCAGGAUGCAGUUGAGCGACAGCUGUCUCCAUUCACAGCAUCCGAAUUCUUCACAUCAAAUCCGGCGUGGAGCGCGGAGCGCAGGCCGGGACGCGCCGGAGGAGCCGGAGCGCCCUCGCGUGGCGCGGGCGGCGCACUGCAGGGCUCACACACCCUCGCAAAGGUGUGCGAGGGUGUGAGCGGGGCUGACGCGCUCGGUGACGCCAACGCUCCCUUUGACUGUGGGUUGAACCCGGAGCGGGCAUUUGCCGAGAUCCCGCUGAGGAGGAUGGACGCGGAGAGGGCUGCUGUGAGGGAGGGCUUCCUGGUGAAGCGGGGCCACCUCGUGCACAACUGGAAGGCGCGCUGGUUCGUGCUGAUGCCGGACCAGCUCCAGUACUACAAAUACGAGGGGGGCAGACGGGAGUCCUCUCAGCGGGGGGCCAUCCCGCUGAAGGGCUGUGUGCUGACUUGCCCCUACCUGGAGUACGAGAACCGGCCGCUGGUGUUCCGGCUGCAGACGGCGAGCGGGGCGGAGCACUUCCUGGAGGCCUGUUCCCGGGAGGAGCGGGACGAGUGGGCCGCCGCCGCCGCCGCGGCGGCCGCCAGGCUGCGGGCGGACGGGGGCGAGCCGGCACCGGACCAGCGGAGCGGCGCCGGGUCCGGGUCGCAGAACGUUGACCUCAGCAAAGUGCUGGACUCCAUGUACGACGUCCACACCGGCGUCCGGACGGGCAGCCACGUGGAGCAGGGCAGCAGCUACAGCAACUGCUUCACAGGCUCCGAGGCGGUGGACUGGCUGGUCUUCGCGCAGCUGGCGCCGACCCGCGUGGAGGCCGCCGCGCUGGCCUCGGCGCUGCUGGAGGAGGGCCUCCUGCGCACCGUGGGCGCGAGGAGCGCCGCCGGCCGCCUGCUGGACGACUCCGGCGCCCUCUACAGCUUCUCGGACGCGCUGAAGAAGCGGGGCUGCGUGAGGGCGGAGGCGUCGCUGUCCGCGGUGGAGCUGAGCGGGAAGGUGGUGAGAAGAGGGUACCUGCUCAAACAGGGGCACCGGAGGAAAAACUGGAAGGUGCGGCUGUUUGUGCUGCGCUCGGAGCCGUCUUUCCUCCACUAUUACGAUCCCACCAAGGAUGACGUCAGCCCCGCCGGCGGUUUCCCCCUGCGCGGCUGUCUGGUGUCUUCUCUGGAGGACAACGGCGUUCCCUCAGGCGUGAGGGGCAACGUUCAGGGCAACCUGUUCAAAAUCAUCACCCAGUCGGACACGUGCUACUUCAUCCAGGCUCCGUCUCACCAGGAGAAGAUGGACUGGAUCGACGCCAUCAGAGGGAACACAUAGAGCGGCCUUGAACUGAUCGACGUAUCAAUUAACCAGCACCGAAGACGACUGAGUCACAGCAACCUGUAGCAGCAAACUCAGAACGUGUGGGCUGUUAGUGGUCACCAGACAUUUCCGUCCCUUAAUCUCCAACCAGGAAAUUCACAGAUUUUAAAAUUGUCUAAUUGUAGCAUUUCUCUUUAAUUUAAAGGUAUUUUAGUGCUUUUGCUUAUUAAACAUGAGCUUUAUAGAUGUUCA